CAUGCACCCUGUCCUCUUUCUCCUCCUUCUUCUGUGUGUGUGUGUGUGUGCGUGUGUGUGUGUGUGUACUCUCACUAGGGAUAAAUCCUGCCUCUCCUCCUUUCUAUCCCUCUUCUCUUUGCCACUCACACACACGAGCAGGGCUCCCGCUGCCAAACCUCACUCACAUACAAAUACACACACAGCCCAGCCUCUGUGCAGUCUAGUCCACAUUGGUUAUUUUGGUGCUUUGACAUUUUGCAUUCAUGGAGGACUACCACAAACCCGACCAGCAGACAGUGCAGACGCUCAGGAACAUCGCCAACCGCCUCCGGAUCAACUGCAUCAAGGCUACCACUGCAACGGGCAGCGGACACCCUACAUCAUGCUGCAGCGUGGCAGAAAUCAUGUCUGUCCUGUUCUUCAACACAAUGAAGUACCGCACAGAGGACCCCAAGAAUAUCAACAACGACCGCUUCAUCCUCUCUAAGGGUCAUGCCGCCCCAGCCCUGUACUCCAUGUGGACAGAGACUGGCUUCCUGAAGGAGAGUGAGCUGCUCUCUCUGUGCCAGGUGGAGUCCAACCUGGAGGGACACCCCAUACCUUUUCAGAAGCAGCAGUUUGUGGAUGUGGCUACUGGCUCUCUGGGCCAGGGCCUGGGUGUGGCCUGUGGGAUGGCCUACACUGGGAAGUACUUUGACAAGUCCAGCUACCGUGUGUUCUGUCUGAUGGGAGAUGGGGAGCUGUCUGAGGGGGCAGUGUGGGAGGCCAUGUCCUUCGCCUCCUACUACCAGUUGGACAACCUAGUGGCCAUCCUGGAUAUCAACCGUCUGGGCCAGACCGACCCAGCGCCCCUGCAGCACCACGUGGAGAAGUACCAGAAACGCUGUGAGGCCUUCGGUUGGCAUGCCAUCAUUGUGGAUGGGCACAGUGUGGAGGAGCUGUGUAAGGCUCUGAGCCAGGCUCGCCACCAGCCCACUGCCAUCAUCGCCAAGACCACCAAGGGCAAGGGCAUCCCAGCUGUGGAGGAUAAGAUGGGCUGGCAUGCCAAGCCCCUGCCCAAAGACAUGGCUGAGGGAGUCGUGAAGGAUCUGCAGGCGCGCAUCAUGAACAGCAGCAAGCGCCUGUACCCUGCCACGCCCGUAGAGGAUGCCCCGCCAGUCAGCCUGUGCAACAUCCGCAUGCCCAGCGCACCCGCCUACAAGCAGGGAGAGAAGGUUUCCACCAGGAAAGCCUAUGGCAUGGCCCUGGCUAAACUGGGUCGUUACAACGAGCGUGUGGUGGUCCUGGACGGAGACACCAACAACAUCACCUACUCAGAGAUCUUCAAGAACGAACAUCCCAACCGCUUUGUGGAGUGUUACAUUGCUCAACAGAACAUGGUGAGUGUUGCCACUGGUUGCGCUGCCCGUGAGAGGAACGUUGUGUACGCCAGCACCCUGGCUUCCUUCUUCACCCGCGCCUACGACCAGCUCCGCAUGGCUGCCAUCUCAGAGAGCAACAUCAAUCUGUGUGGCUCCCACUGCGGACUGUCCAUUGGAGAGGACGGGCCAUCUCAGAUGGGUCUAGAAGACAUAGCCAUGUUUAGGGCCAUCCCCACGGCAACCAUCUUCUACCCCAGCGAUGGUGUUUCUAUUGAAAAGGCAGUGGAGCUUGCCGCCAGCACAAAGGGUGUUUGCUACAUAAGAACCAGCCGCCCCGAGAAUCCCAUCAUCUACAGCAGCAAUGAGGACUUCCAUGUUGGACAGGCUAAGGUGGUGUACCAGAGUACGGAGGACAAGGUGACCGUGAUCGGAGCUGGGAUUACUCUGCAUGAGGCCGUGGCUGCAGCUGAGAUGCUCAAGAAAGAAAGGAUCUUCAUCAGGGUGAUUGACCCGUUCACCAUCAAACCCCUGGACUCCAAGACCAUCAUUGAGCAUGCUCGCCAGACCAGGGGGCGUAUCCUCACUGUAGAGGACCACUACUACGAAGGUGGUCUGGGGGAGGCAGUGUGCUCAGCGGUGGUGAACGAGCAGGGCUUCACCCUACAGCGGCUGGCCGUGGCCCACGUUCCCCGCAGCGGCAAGCCCAACGAGCUGCUCAAGAUUUACGGCAUCGACCGCGAAGCCAUUUGCCAGGCCAUCAGGAAGAUGCUCAGCGGCUCUGCCAACGCCAAGUAGCUCCACCCCUUCCUGCCUAAGCCCCACCCAACCCAAUUCUACCACCCCUCAGAUAAAUGUUUCAUGUCACAUGACACCACCCCACCCGGUAACCUCGCCCCCUCACUGUGAAAGUCCACCCCUGUGUUUACUGAAGUAACGUGAGUUUGUGCUGAAUGUACAUUUUGACGUAACCGUCACACAUUUCACUUUUUUUCCCUCAUACAUUACACACACACGCACGCACGCACGCGCACACACACACACACAAAACCCCACUCCCACUUCCUGGUAACCAUGGGUCAUCACAGGGUCAAGUUUAGAAAUUAAAAUGAGAGGUAGUCAUUAGUCCUCAAACCCGGUUGGCAGGUGUAGAUGGACAUUCUCCAUACCAAACAAUCCAAUAAAGACUGUACAUGUUGUUACUCAAUGCAGGUACCUUUAUGUGAUGCUUAUGUGUUUUUAAACUCUUCCUCUUUGAUAUUUUCAACCCCAAACAACCAGCAGCAGUCUAUUUUAAUACUUUUAUAUUGUUCUGAUGUAGUUCUGAAGACAGGGUGGGGCAUGUGGUAGUGAAAUCUAGGUGUCGUCUCCAUGACAUGUGGUAGUGAAAUCUAGGUGUUGUCUCCAUGACAUGUUUGUAGAACGUAGUCCAAUAAAAAAUAAACACAGACAAUCAAAUAGAAAUGUAUGUGGGCCAUAAAUAUCAGUGAAGUGAAAAGACUAUACAGUUUGAACCAUAUGUCUCUUUAAACCACAACACCCAACUUGUACUGGACAGCUCGUGUUAGCACAGCACACAUUAACUUCUUUUCAUCUCUACAGCUCAGGCGUAGACUAGCUAAACAUAUGGCGUCAGAGAACUGCCAAAAUGUUGUGCGUUCAACCUUUGGCAGAUAUCUAACUCCAUAUUAACACCUUUUACCUGGAUGAGCAAACAGGAAGAAGUACGUUAGCCCGAGCUGUCUGAACAUGCCAAUAAUGUUUCUAUUCCAUUUACAUUUUUGUCAUUUAGCAUAUGCUCUUAUCCAGAGUGAUUUACAGGAGCAGGAUCAAUGUGUUCUCUACAGCAAAUAGUUUGACUUGGAGGUCGGGGAGAGGGAUACAGGGCCAGCUAGGACUUACAGUAGGGUUGGGGUGAAUUCCAUUUGAAUUCAGUCAAUUCAGGAAGUGAAUUGAUCCUAACCCUGGAUUAGAGAGAGUCUCUGUGCUUGUGGCCAUGGGGAUGUUGGGAGCAUGCUGUUACAUCUGAACUGUGAACUUAGUACAACACCUCAUUCGUUACUUGAACUUCUGUAUGUACCUUAUACUUUUAUUUAUUAAAGCCCUCUGCAUUUGAAUUCUA